AAAAUAGUGGUGCAGAUAAUACUGAUCCAGUCAAACCAUCCACAAGCAAUGGAUUAAAACGUGAUUUCCGCUCAAAAAUGUCAAAGAGUCGAUCACGAACAACAAGAGGUGUAACAAUAAGAGGUGGAAACUACGACAAAAGUCAAGCUGCUGCCAAAAGUCGAAUUGUCAGAAUGCUGUUUGUAGUAGUCGUUGAAUUCUUUGUUUGCUGGACGCCUCUUUAUGUAGUCAAUACUUGGGCACUUUUUGAUUCCCAAGCCGUCUAUUCUUGCUUAGGCUAUGUUGGUAUGUCUGUUAUUCAUUUAAUGGCUUACAUAUCGUCUUGCUGUAAUCCUCUUACAUACUGCUUCAUGCACAAGAAAUACAGACAAGGUUUUCUAGCUGUCAUCGGUUGUAAGAAAAACAGACGAUGGUUAUUUGGUCACCAAAAUAGUGAAAGAUCUGGAACCAUGGUCAGCGUUUUUAGCACAAGAGCGGGAUCAAUUAGAUCAG